CAUGAAUCGUUGUAUCACGUGACCACGAAUCGGUGAAAAGUAUUUCCGCCAGACCUUCGCGACUCGCGACAGCGGCAGAAAGUGAAUGCAAAGGGGCAGCUGCGAUGCGAUUAAUCGCGGUUGCAACGCCUAUUCACCCGCGCCACGACUAGAGCUACGCCAACAUGGUCAGGAAGCUCAGGGCAGCCGCGCAAGCGGCAGCGCAGUCUAUGAGGACCGCUCCACCAAGCCUGCCCGAUGCUUCAGAUGAAGAGAUGGCCGAUGCUCCUCCAUCGAGAGAAUCUAGCGCUGUUGAAGAACCCAAGGAUACUGCGGAAGAUGAUCCUGAUGUCGAACCACAGGCGGAAGGCGACCAGGAAGAGGAGGCCGCAGCAACGCCUGAAAAAGAAUCAGAACCGUCGCGGUCGAAUACGCCUCAACGUAGCGGCAGAACAUCAGCGAUUCCGCGCAAACGUCGUUUAGGUCGCCCACCGAAGAAUCGCCCGCCGGAUUGGGAUGUCCAGAAUGAUUCUGCAGAGAAGCCGCAGAUCCACGUCAGCACGCCGGUCAAGAGAAGGCGAGGACGGCCUGCUGCCAGUGGUGGGCGAUGGGCUCGAAACAGAGGAGGACCGUCGCAUGUCACCCAGGUUCCCAUCGACAAGGAAGGAAACAUGAUGGACGUGAUCGAUGAUGAAGUUGCCCUUCCUGAAGACCCGGAAGGAGAGACCAAGGUGGAUAAAAUGGGAAAUCUCCAAGGUGGCAGAGAAUACAGAGUCCGGACAUUCACGAUCCUGAACCGCGGGGAGCGACAAUAUAUGUUGUCCACGGAACCGGCGCGUUGUAUCGGUUUCCGAGACUCUUAUCUUUUCUUCCAGAAGCACAAGCUACUUUACAAGAUCAUCAUCGACGACGACGCCAAACGCGAUCUCAUCGAGAGAGAUAUCAUUCCUCAUUCCUACAAAGGACGAGCUAUCGGUGUGGUCACUGCGCGAUCAGUUUUCAGAGAAUUCGGCGCAAAGAUCAUCAUCGGUGGUAGAAAGGUUAUUGAUGACUAUCAUGCGCAGGCUGCCAGGGAUCGUGGGGAUGUCGAAGGAGAAAUCGCCGUUCCGGAGGACAAGCUACCACCACCUGGAGAGCCAUACAAUAAGAAUCAAUACGUGGCAUGGCAUGGUGCCAGUAGCGUUUAUCACUCCGGAGCUCCGUCAGUUCCUAUGCCAAGUGGCAAGAUCGUGGAUCCUAAGAAGCGAAAGGUAACAGUGACUGGCGACAAUUGGAUGAUUGAACAUGCCAGAGAAGCCAGUCGGUUUAACUCUUCGAUCCUUAGCGCACGCAGGGAGAACCUCGAAGGAACUUACGAUGUCCACACCAAUGUUAUGCAAUAUCCGAAGAUUAUGCAGCCCUCGCACGCACGCUGGGAACGUCUGCCACCACCUGACACGAAGGUCACCAGCAAACUCAUGAAGGGCAUGUCUACUCUGCGCCUGACGAAUGGCACGAGCGGACAUGAGUCCCCGGAUAAUGCAGAAGCGGACGAGGUUGAGGAGCCAGCUCCGAAAGAGACCAUGAGUGACCCUCAUUCGAUUUUCGCGCCUGUACCUGCUGCCUUCUCCCGUCAUCUUGCCAUCCACGACAUCCACUACGAAAGUGCCCCCUACUCCAACCUUGGCAUUCCUGGUCCCGACGGUGACGUGCACGAUCUCGGUUCCAACGGGCUCAUCAGCAUUGCAGACCCGCUGCACCCUGAAUUCGUCGGUGCAGAUGUACUGGCUGAAUUGCCUCCCGAAUGUAAGGAGGCACUUGUCGACAGUGCCACACGCGAAUGGGAGUGGAAGUCCAAAUGGCGCAGCGAAGCAGUCGAUGGAGCCCGAACCAGACCCUUGAAGAGUUAUGCCUGGUUCCCGUGAGCAAUUAACAGAAAAGCAACGGGAACUAUAGGCUAUGGGGGGUGUAUGAUAAACCGGACUGGAAGGAAACUUUCCGUCCCAUUUUGCUCUUAUCGUCGUCGAUGUCUUGGGAGAAACAUGUACACCAACGAAAAGGGAAAAGAAGAGGCAAAGGGGCCGCCUCUUUUAAUGAUGUAUUUGUCUAGUUUUGCUCGGGUGUAAUGCGGGAAUGAAAUGGUCUCAGCGGGCGGUUUACUGGGAGUUUGAUACAGGCCUUGACUGUUUAUUAGAAUCAUUUACGGAAGAUCCAACUUUGAUGCUGGGUGUAUCGAACCAAAAUCAACAAAUUAGCC